GACAACCGACCAAUCGCGGCGCUCCACGACGGGGAAGUCAGGAUUCUAUAUAAGGGUUGAAGCGGGCGCUUAGAAUAGAUUGGGCUCUUUGAAGGACAUCGUGUUGAGGUAGUAGGGCGGUAACAAGUAGCUGGUACAACCAUCACUAAGGGCACAGUCGUGACUCACAAUGAGAGGGUAUUUGCUUCUGCUGCUAAUCAGCAGUGUCUUUGCUGAUGAGGAUGAUAAGAAAGAGAGUGUUGGUACUGUGGUUGGGAUUGACCUCGGUACUACUUACUCUUGUGUUGGUGUCUUCAAAAAUGGGCGUGUAGAAAUCAUUGCCAAUGAUCAGGGAAACCGAAUCACCCCAUCCUAUGUGGCCUUCACACUUGAUGGUGAACGUCUGAUAGGUGAUGCUGCAAAAAACCAGCUGACCUCUAAUCCGGAGAACACUGUCUUUGAUGCCAAGCGUCUUAUUGGACGAACCUGGAAUGACCCAGCAGUACAGCAAGAUGUCAAAUACCUACCCUUUAAGGUGAUUGAAAAGAAGAACAAGCCUCAUGUCCAACUUGACAUUUCUGGUGAAGUCAAGACAUUUGCUCCAGAGGAGAUAUCUGCCAUGGUGUUGACUAAGAUGAAAGAAACUGCUGAGGCAUACCUUGGCAAGAAGGUUACACAUGCUGUGGUAACAGUACCCGCUUACUUCAAUGAUGCUCAACGUCAGGCUACAAAGGAUGCUGGUACUAUUGCUGGUUUGAAUGUCAUGAGGAUCAUCAAUGAGCCAACUGCUGCUGCAAUUGCCUAUGGGCUAGACAAGCGAGAGGGUGAGAAGAACAUUCUGGUGUUUGACCUUGGUGGUGGUACUUUUGAUGUGUCACUACUUACUAUUGACAAUGGUGUUUUUGAAGUAGUUGCUACAAAUGGUGACACUCAUCUAGGUGGUGAAGAUUUUGACCAGCGUGUGAUGGAACACUUUGUCAAGUUGUACAAGAAGAAAACUGGGAAAGAUGUUCGAAAGGAUAACAGAGCUGUACAGAAACUUCGCCGUGAAGUUGAAAAAGCCAAACGUGGUUUGUCUUCCCAACACCAAGCUAGAAUUGAAAUUGAAUCUUUCUUUGAGGGUGAGGAUUUCUCGGAAACUUUAACACGUGCGAAAUUUGAAGAACUGAAUAUGGACCUCUUCCGAUCAACCAUGAAGCCUGUACAGAAAGUGAUGGAAGAUGCUGAUCUGAAGAAAACUGAAAUUGAUGAAAUUGUACUUGUGGGUGGCUCCACUCGCAUUCCUAAAAUUCAGCAACUGGUGAAGGAGUUCUUCAAUGGGAAGGAACCAUCUCGUGGAAUCAACCCUGAUGAGGCUGUGGCCUAUGGUGCAGCAGUGCAGGCUGGUGUCCUCUCAGGAGAGGAAGAUACUGGUGAUCUUGUUCUUCUGGAUGUUUGCCCCUUGACUCUUGGAAUUGAAACCGUUGGGGGUGUCAUGACCAAGUUAAUCCCACGUAAUACUGUGGUCCCAACUAAAAAGUCUCAGAUUUUCUCAACUGCUUCUGACAACCAACCUACUGUAACAAUCAAGGUCUAUGAAGGUGAGCGUCCAUUGACUAAAGAUAAUCACCUGCUUGGAACCUUUGAUCUAACUGGUAUUCCUCCAGCACCUCGUGGUGUUCCUCAGAUUGAAGUCACAUUUGAAAUAGAUGUAAAUGGCAUCCUACGUGUUACAGCUGAAGACAAAGGCACUGGAAAUAAAAACAAGAUCACUAUUACAAAUGACCAGAAUCGUCUGACCCCAGAAGAAAUUGAGAGAAUGGUGAAUGAUGCAGAGAAAUUUGCUGAAGAGGAUCAAAAACUCAAAGAACGUAUUGAUGCCAGAAAUGACCUGGAGAGCUAUUCCUAUUCUCUGAAGAACCAGAUUGGUGAUAAGGAAAAACUUGGUGGAAAGCUGUCGACAGAGGACAAAGAAGUUAUUGAGAAAGCUGUGGAGGAAAAGAUAGAGUGGCUUGAGAGUCACCAAGAUUCUGACAUUGAAGAAUUCAAAGCUAAGAAGAAGGAACUUGAGGAAAUUGUUCAGCCAAUUAUAAGUAAGCUGUAUGGAAGUGCAGGUGGACCUCCUCCAGAAGAGGAAGAGGAGACUGAAAAGGAUGAGUUGUAAUCCAGGGACUCUUUAAUUUUGUAAAUAUUGGACUGGACUGUUUGAGAAAGAUCUAUCUGAAUGAUAAGGACUUAAUUCUUGAAUGUAUGUGCACAAUUUUCACUUGAGUGGACUGAAAUUCUCGAGGCUCAAUACUUUCCAAUGCAGUUUCAGCAUGUUAGCCAGAAGGAGAGCUUGGUUGGAAAUUUGAGUUGUCAAGGCUGAGUACAAUGUUCUCCAGUACCCACUUUUCUAUUUAUUUGGAAUCCCUUUGUUUGGUCUGUCUAAGUGUAGAUGUUUUCUACUGUAUUGACCAAUAAAUGUUAUGUUUGAUACAAACAUUACCUUGUCUGCAGGGUGUAGAUGUUUUGGAAGGAAAAUGCUGAGUGUCAAAUGUAUCUUGUUCAGGGUCUUUAAUUCAUGUUACACUCACCCAUUUGAAGUACCUUUUUUGAUUUUUAGAGCAUAUUUAGGAAUGAUAUCCCAGCUGCACAAGAUUUGAAUGACAACAGUCUGCUUGAAUGCAACAAGUUAUAAGGAUUGCAUACCAUAUCAUCAUUUGACCAAAUCAAUGGCAAAAACUGCUGAUUUUAAACACCAGGAAAGUAAGGAAGGGCCUAUUUGCAGUGGAAGGCUAAACUGUCAAGUUUUGCUCAAGUGUCUAGGCAUUGAGUGCAUAAAGUACAAUGAACUAAGCCUGCAGUAAGACUUGCAUACAAACUUGGGUAAACCUACUUGAAUAGCCCAGUUGCUCUGCUCAACCUAAAGUUUGAGUUUCCCAUAUCUGAGUAUACAUGAGUUGAAUAACACAUUUAAGUUGUAUUUCUGUCCUUGGUGAAAAGAAACUAAAUGCUGAUUGCUAGAUUGACACCUGGUCUAAAGUGUUAGGCCAGGUGUCAAAGUUUUGGCAAACUAGAGAAGUGAUAGUUCCUUCCACUAGAUGAAUUCUGUAGGCUUAAAUUGUGGACAGAUUCACACCAGAAAUUUGGUUUAUUAACCCAGACCAACAUAUUUUUGUUCUACUGACAAACUGUCAUGGUAGCUUGUAGAUUUCUGGACAGCUACAAUUCAGUGUUUGAUAAGUAACUAACUGCUUCCAACAAGAUACUGCAACUAGUUGAAAGUAGAUGAUUUUGUGUGUGUGUGUGUGUGUGGGGUGACAGGAGGUGCUUUUUUUUUUGCUUUGGCCCAUUGGUUCCACACUAAUGUUUUAAAUGGUCACACUAGAGUCUUGAGGCUUAACUUUAAUUCCAGGAUAAAUUUCACUUCACUCUUUUCCUGAGGGAAAGAAAUACGUCUAUUUUUUUACAGAUGAAAGAACAAACUUCUCACUCUUGGUAUUGAAGCUGACUAAUGCCAAAUCUAUCUGCUGUUGCUAACUCCCUGGAAUGAUAUUUGUUCCAGUAUAAACAAAGUUUACUGUGAACAUUAAAGGCACAUGAACAAAACUAGGAUGUACAAUUUCAAGAACUUUUAUAUUCCAGGUUUAAUUUCAACUUUUUUACAAAAAAGAUGUACAAUUCUGUAAGGUACAAACAUUACAACUUCAAUAAAAUUUCUGUAUGACUCCU